CCGCCGCGGCGAUGCAAGCCGCCGCGGUGAACACCAUGCAGGCGCAGCAGCAGGCGCAGCAGCAGCAGGCGGCCAAGGCUGUCAAAGCAGCCGCCGCCGCCUCGGAGCGCGCGGUGACCGCGCGGUACGCGGCGAAGAGCGUCGCGCCGCGUGCCCCGCCCCCCGCGGAGAACGCCAGCGGCGACAUCAUCGAGGCCACCACCGAGCCGCUGGACCUGGCACGAUACUUGGACGCGGUUCGGGGGGGAUACGACGGCGAGGACUCGGGCCCGGAGCUCGCCACGCUGAUCAGCACCGUCGACUCCAAGCACGGGGACAAGCAACCGCUCGGCGAAUCCCUCGCGCAGCACGGCGCCCUCGUGGAGGGCGCCCUGCUGCGCAUCUCCCAGGCUAUCCGCAAGCGAUGGAACUGUCGCAGGAUGGCGCUCGUCCUCCGGCUGGGCGCCGCGUCGCUCGGCGACGUGUCACUCAUCGUGGCGUGCUCGGCGAACAAGUGGCGCGACGCCGCAGGCGCCGCGGAGCACGCAGCGAUCGAGAUCAAGGACAAGCUCAUCGCGUCCAUCGCCCCGCAGUGCCUCAGCAAGCAGCCGAUGGCGGCGGCGGCGCUCAAGGCUGUGGCGGCGGCGGCGGGUGUCGGCGGCGAGGCGGGGGAGGAAAAACCGCCCAAAAACGACGACGAAGCGGAUGAAGGGGACGGCGUCGCGAGCGGAGGGGAGGACGCGAAAGAGGCGGACGACGAGGCGAACAACGACGAGGAAGGGGAGGGGAACGACGACGGAGCCGCGGCGGCGAUGGAUGCCCUCGCGGACCCGGGACGGACGUUCAAGGGGGGCGCACACCCGGCGUCGGUUGAGGUCAAGUCGGAGGACUCGGAGCCCAAGGGACUCGACACCCCGGACGAGCGCGCGCACGCGUGAGCACGACGAGGUCCCUCGCGUGGAGGCCUCGCUCGUUGGGAACGGUCGCCGUGCCGGUUCCCGAACCGCCGAACAAAUUUUGCAUGCUGACUUGUGUAACACGAGCUGACGACGUCUGACG